AUGGCUCUCGCCGUCUUUGCACGAACUCAGAGCCUUUCUGCGGCAGCGGCAGAAGCUCGUGAGAAGUACGACCAGUUACUGCGAACCGCGCAGGUCGCGCUGCCAAAUCUGAUUCGACGGGACAUUGACGCUGCCUUGCUUGCAAUCUUCCUCAUGAGCCGGUACGAAGACUCGAUGCAUGCCUUCGAUGAAGUGCUGUCCACUACAGCCUUCAGAAGUUAUUGCCAUCAUGACGGCGCAACUGCCGUUCUGAAGACCUGGCACGAAAACAGUCUCAUGAUCAUGCAGCCGGCCUCGGACAUCAUCAAACACUCGCGCCGCGGAAUCAUCAGGUCGUUCCUCUUGCGGCAGAUGGCAGUGCCGGUCUGGCUGGCAAAUGGCGCGCAGUUUGGCGAGCAUGGGCUGGAACUCGAGUACGACCAGCUCCUUGUUCAAGUGGCUGGCAUUCGACACCAAUUGAAGUUCAUUCAGCAACAAAGACUACCACUCCAUCACCAUACCCAAGCGGUGCACUGGCGAGCUCGGGCCCUGAACAUCGAGGCAGACGCGCUGAGUAAAGCAUUGCGAGACUGGUCUUCGCGGCUGCCCAGCACGUGGUGUCCCAGGCAACACCUCAUCCCUGCCCAUGUUUCGCUACCCAGGCAACAUUUCUUCUCGUCGAUCGUCUACAGUUACUCCAGCGUUGCCUACACGUCAGUUUGGCUGAAUUACUUCGCGACAAUGAUGCUGCUCAACAGAGCACGGUUGAGGAUCCUUGAGCUCAUUCGACCUGCACCGGACGAUCUAGCUGGCGAACAACAUCGUCGAGAGGAAGACUGCUGCCUGCAGAUCAGGGUGAUGGCGGAUGCCAUGUCAUCGAGUAUACCAUUUGCACUAGGAAGGUUCACCGUUGCACCGCCCUCCGAGACAGCAGAGAAACAGGAGUACAUCCUGAUUGAAGACGAAGAGAUCAAGCCUUACCAUGGGAACCUCACGGCGUGGCCUUUGAGCGUCGCCUCGAGCAUUGGCGGCCUGGAUGCCGAGAUGAAGGACUGGCUGAAGGCUGAGCUUGUAUCUGUUGGGAAGACAGUCGGUGCGGGUGUACUUGAGUGCGCGCAAUCGUCCGACUGGCUUGAUCUCUGA